AGUAGAAGAAGAGUGGUUGUUGUCGUCUUAAACUUCCGGGCAUGGCGGAGAAAAAGAUAGCUGUUCGCUCACAGGACCCGGGCCAGCGGCGGGUGCUGGACAGCGCUACGCGGCUGCGCCGUUUGAGCAGACAGCUCGAAGCGCUCGAGAAAGACAAUUUCCAGGACGAUCCUCACGCGAGUCUCCCGCAGCUUGUCAAGCGGCUGCCGCAGUUCGACGAGAGCAACGAAUCCGGCAAGCGGAGGAAGAAGACGAGGGGGGACCAUUUUAAACAGAGGUUUCGCAAAAACUUCCAGACUCUUCUAGAGGAGGAGGACUUAAGUGUUAGUGAGGGUCCAAACUAUCUGACUGCCUGUGCGGAGCCUUCUAAGAUUCCUCAGCGUCAUUUCUGUGCAGUGUGCGGCUUCCCUUCAAACUACACCUGUGUGUCGUGUGGUGCUCGCUACUGCUGCGUCCGAUGUUUAGGAACACACCAUGAGACCAGGUGUCUAAAGUGGACAGUUUGAUCUGGUUUGACGGUAUGAACAGAAGUAAAGCACGCUUGUGGAUCAUACAACAAUUUUACAAACUUAUAUUCCUUGUAUAACUUAUAUUCCAAAGUCAUUACAGCCACUUGCUCACACACAAUAAACACAUGUAAGUAAGUAAAAUAACUACCUUUCAUCCCGGCAUUUCAGUUGAAAUUUUAUAUAUUUGUAUUAAAUGGAUAAAUCUUUUGGCAGAGUAAUGAGUAGCUGUUGAAGUUUUCAGUGGCGAGUAAGCUUUGGCUCUGACAUAUUUAAAGUAGCAGAGUGAAAAACUGCAAUUUAAGUAUUUUCAGAGUAAAUGACUUCACUUGGCAGAAAGAAAAGUUGGAUGGUGGUAGCACUACGCACCCAGUACUAGAGUUUAUGAACAUUGUUUUGUAAAUAUUCUUAAAACAUUUGUAUGUUAAUAUAUGUACAUAAUUGUUUAUGCUGUUAGACAAUUUUGUGUUCUGGAACAAAUAAAUAACUAGAAGUUGUAAAAA